UUACGUUCCAACAUGGCGGACCGUUGCGUUGAGCUGACAAAAGCUACUUGAAAUUUGUGUAAAAUAAACAAUAAAUUGUGAAAGAAGAGAAUCCCAAGGAGAUUUAAUUGGCACAUUAAGCUAUUACGGGGUGUUGGGUAGAAUAUCAUGCCUUGUUGGACAGCCAACAUUUCUGGUUUUAUUAAAAACUUACUUCAGUGUAGGCAACAUGCUAGCCCUCGAGCUCGGUUAGCUAAUGGUUGUAUAUAUUAAAUGCUAGUGCAGUUUAUGAUUUAAGAUUUUGUUUUUCUUCAAACUGAAACAAUGUUGGGCUUUCUAUCAGCACGGCAGGUUGGUCUGGAUGACCCUCUGCGACUGAGGCGUGCAGAGUCAACGAGAAGGGUACUCGGUCUGAAGUUGAAUCCCGACAGAGACGUGGACAGGAUCCAUGGAAAUGGCAUCAAUUCCAUUGACAUUGAAGCAAUAGAGGGCAGAUACAUGUUGUCUGGCGGAGCAGAUGGAGUGAUCGUCAUCUAUGACCUGGAGAACUUUAGUGGGAAACCACAGUACACCUGCAAGGCAGUUUGCACAGUAGGCAGGUCGAGUCGGCACGUCCACAAAUUCAGUGUCGAGACUGUCCAGUGGUAUCCUUACGACACAGGCAUGUUUGUCUCCAGUUCCUUUGACAAGACUAUGAAAGUCUGGGACACUGAGACACUGAAGCCUGCUGAAGUCUUUGAGUUUGAGGGCAAUGUCUACAGCCACCACUUGUCUCCCAUCGCCAGGAAGCACAGUCUCAUCGCAGUUGGCACCAAAAACCCUAAAAUCCAGCUGUGUGACUUGAAGUCUGGUUCACGCAUUCAUGUUCUUCAGGGUCACAGAGGAGAGGUCCUGUCUGUGCGGUGGUCACCCAGAUAUGAGCACAUCUUAGCCACUGCUAGUGCAGACAGCAAAGUCAAAGUAUGGGAUGUGCGUCGGGCUUCUGGUAGCCUUCUCACUCUGGACCAGCACAAUGGAGACAAGUCAAAAGCCUCCUCGGAGGCAGUGAACACAGCUCAUAAUGGCAGAGCGAAUGGCUUGUGCUUUACCAGCGAUGGCCUCUACCUCCUCACUACUGGAACUGAUGACCGCAUGCGACUAUGGAACAGCGCCACUGGAGAAAACACACUGGUAAAUUAUGGGAAGGUGUGCAACGAGAGUCGUAAAAAGCUGCAGUUCACAGUGUCACGUGGCUGCAGCCCAGAGUUUGUGUUUGUGCCAUGCGGCAGCUCGGUGGCGGUGUAUGCCCUACACACAGGAGAGCUGCUCACUAUGCUCAGGGGUCACUACAACAACGUCGACUGCUGCGAGUUCCACCCAGACUACCAGGAGCUGUACAGCGGAGGUAAAGACUGUAACAUCCUGGCGUGGGUUCCUGUCCUCCGUGUCUCGGACGUGGAAGAAGACUCAGCAGACAGUGCAAAUCAGGGUGCUGUGGGGCAGACUUCAGUGAACCCUGCCUUUCAGGAUGCAUGGAGCAGUGAUGAAGAUUAAUGCCAGUGUUUUGAAUGUGUAGACAGAGUACGUGUACAGGUGUGUGACCGUGCGAUUGAAUGCAAAUCCUUCACAAUUAACUUGUCAAAACAUGACAGGUCCACGGACACUUGUGAAGAUAAUUAUGUGUUCAGGGUAAUUUCUCCUUUUUCAUCUUUACAGACAAAGAUGAAAGCCUUAAAAGGAAAUAUCUAAAUAAUUACAUGACUUUAUAAAUCUGCGCAAUGUUAUUAAUAAUGUUUAUGAAUUUUUAGUAUAUAUAUUGUAGCAUUUUUGUUGUUGUUAUGUUUUUUUUAUUUGAAUGUAAAGCCAACGUGGUUCUUGGUAUUCACAACAGCUUUCAUGUAGCUGAAGUCCUCUUGAAAACGAAUUUUUAUUUUCAGUAAUUCCUUGUAACCAUGGGGGACAUCUGAUAUUGUACAAAUUACAAAAUGUUCGCUGUUUAAAGACAAGCAGAACACAUCUUUAUUGUCAUGUCACACCUGUUUUGAUGCUGAUACUAUAUGGCGUUUAAACAUUUUCUAAUAUAUUUAGAGGAAUUUGCUUAAAUGGACACGGUAGUGCUCAGAGAUAGAGCUUUAUGAGCUUUAUAAACAGGUGUGGCAUCAGUCUUUCAAGUUGUGUGUGUUUUUUUGAGUAGAGGACGUAAUCCUUACAUGUGAGGAACUGGGCUCAUCGGAAACACAUAAUGUGUUGUUGACAUCGCCUGUCAUACUUCGUAUUUGUUUCCCAGUUCUGCUGUUAUCACUUGUUGAAACUAGGAGCGAUACUGUAACCUCUCUCUGUCCCACCCGUCACAGUUUUACAUAUUGGCCUUGUUACCAUGUGAACACCUGAAAGCCAAAUGAGCCCCCUCCCUGCAAAACAAACAAACAAAAACACUACAAUGAUAACUAUUGUUAUCCUAAACAUAUUUCAUUCUUAUUCACUUUGAGUAUUAAAACGUUAUUUAUAUCCAGUAUACCGUUUUAUCAUAUAAUGUGUCUCAGUUCUCUUUUUGUCCUCUUAUUUGCUCAAACUACCUGAAGUGUCUUGAAUUGUACAGGCUCUUGUCUUAUAAUAAAUGCACUGAGAAGGC